AGAAUCCACCAAAGGAUCACUCCAGAGGAGUUUGCAGGCAGGGUGGAGGGAACAAAAUUGGCCAAUUUCUUCUCCAGCUGCCUGAAGGCAAAAGAAAUAUUUCUGCUGCCUCAUUCAGUUCUCUAACCUACUUCAGCUGCUCCUCUCUCUCGGAAGCUGUCAACGAGCAGGGAGGCUCUACUCAUUCCUCUAUUCCAGGCAUGAUCAGCGGAGCGUUUUGCAGGACAAAUUUAUCAGGUCUUUCAAAAUUAGCCUAUCAAAGAAAUGAUGAUGAUGAGGAAGAAGCUGCUCGAGAGCGGCGCAGGCGGGCCCGUCAAGAAAGACUGCGGCAAAAAGAAGAGGAUGACUUAGGGCAAGGAACUGAGAAACCUGAAGCUAAUGCCCAAAAUAACAUUGCAGAAGGAGAGUCCAAAAUUACCACAACAGUGACCACUGUUACGACUACUCAAGGUGAUGGAGAUGAUGACUCUCUGUUUCUGGAGAGGAUGGCACGGAGAGAGGAAAGACGUCAAAAGCGUCUUCAAGAAGCACUGGAGCGCCAAAAGGAACUUGACCCAACCGUUACUGAUGAGAGCGUGUCCUUCACAAGCAGAAAAAUGGUGAAUAAUGUGGAAGAAAAUGAAACCCCAGGAAAGGAAGAAAAAGUAGAAACCCACAGAAGACGCUAUGAAGUGGAGGAAACAGAAACCAUCACUAAAUCAUACCAGAGGAACAACUUGGGGCAGGAUGAGGAAGAUGAGAAGAAAGAUGAGAAAACCAAAGAGGAGGUGGAAGACCAGAAACCAAAGCCACAAGCCCCAGAGGAGAAUCAGGUAGAAGUAACAGUAGAGAAGGAGAAUGUAGACAAUGAAGAGGAAUCUGCAGUGUUGGAGGGAAAGCAUCUUGAGGUAAAUGCAGAGGAGGACAAAUUAGAGAAUGACACCCAUGUUCUUGCCGGUUCAGAGGAGGUCAUCAGCAUUACAGUAGCCAUAGAUAAAAAGAAGGAGGAAGACAAUGAGGCAGAAAUGAAGCAGAAACAAAUUGAGGAGAAGGAAAGGCUUGAGAGGGAGGAAAUGGAGAGAGCCCAAGCUGAGGAACAGAGGAAAGCAGAGGAGGAAAGAGAGAGGCUGGAAGCUGAGAAAAGGGAAGCUGAGGAGAAAGCAAGGCUAGAGGCAGAAGAGCGGGAGAGAGUGAAGGCUGAGGAACAGCGGAAGGCUGAGGAGGAGAGAAAGAGGAAGGAGGAGGAAGAGGCGGAGAAGAAAAGAGCUGCCCAGGAGAAAGAGAGACGUGAAGCUGAGGAGAGGGAGAGGAGGAAGGCAGCCGAAGAGAAAAAAGCAGCUGAGGAACGAGAGAGGGCUAAGGAGAAGGAAAAGAGGGAGGCAGAGGAGAGGGCCAAAGCUGAGGCUAAAAGGGCAGCUGAGGAAAAGGCUAAACUAGAAGAGGAGAGGUUAAAGGCCAGACAAAAGUCUGAGGAGAAAAAGGUAGACCAGCUGAAAGGCAAGAAGGGGGAUGAGAAGAAAAUAGAAGAGAAGCAGGUAAAAGAGAAGAAACUCCAAGAGGAGAACAUCACAGCAGCUUCCCUCAGGAAACAGGGGGAAGAAAAUAAAGUGGAAGCUAAAAGGGAAAAGCUACAAGACAAGAAGCUUCAGCCAGCCUUCAGAAAAGAGGAGAUGAAAGAUAACAAACUGAACAGAGACAAAAUGCCCAAAGAAGAGGUGAAGUCUAUCUGGGAUCGCAAGAAGGGAAUUCCAGAUUCAAAGCCACAAAAUGGGGAAUGCUUCCAAGAACUCCCUGCUCAUAAGCUGAAGCACACAGAGCAUGCUUUUAGCCGACCGGGGUCCAAAACCGCGCCUGGGUCCGAGGGUGCCAAGCCCCAGGCAGAAGCUGGCAAGAGGGUGGAGGAGUUACGCCGCCGGCGGGGUGAAAAUGAGAGUGAAGAAUUUGAGAAGCUGAAGCAGAAACAACAAGAGGCAGCUGUGGAAUUGGAGGAGUUGAAGAAGAAGCGCGAAGAACGGAGGAAGAUUCUGGAAGACGAAGAACAGAGAAGGAAGAAAGACGAGGCAGAGAGGAAAGCUCGGGAAGAGGAGGAGAAGAGGCGGCUGAAAGAAGAAAUUGAGAGAAGAAGGGCAGAAGCUGCUGAGAAACGCCAGAAGAUACCAGAUGAAGCACAGGGUGAUGAUAAGAAGCCUUUCAAAUGCUUCACUCCAAAAGGUUCUGCUCUCAAGAUAGAAGAGCGUGCAGAGUUCUUGAACAAAUCCGCCCAGAAGAGUGGCAUGAAACCUACUCACACAACUCCAGUUGUCUCCAAGAUAGACAGUAGGCUGGAACAAUAUACCAGUGCAAUUGAGGGCACCAAAGCUGCAAAGGCCACCAAGCCAGCUGCUUCUGACCUCCCAGUCCCUGCUGAAGGAGUUCGUAACAUCAAGAGUAUGUGGGAGAAAGGCAAUGUGUUUUCAUCACCCUCUGGCAUGGGGACACCCAAUAAGGAAACAGCUGGGCUGAAGGUCGGAGUCUCCAGUCGUAUCAACGAAUGGUUAACUAAGACCCCAGAAAGCAACAAAUUGUCUGCUUCAAAACCAUCAGACUUACGACCUGGAGAUGUAUCUAGCAAACGCAACCUUUGGGAAAAGCAGUCAGUUGAAAAGACCACUUCUCCUUCAAAGAAUCAGGUCACAGCAACAGGAAGGAAGUUGGAGACCAAUGCAGGUUUGAGACAAUUUGAAAAGGAGCCUUAAGGAAGCCACCAAUUACGCUGGACCAACUUGGUUUUCAAAACAGAAGUGCUAAAUUUGUCCUUUUCUUUUUAUAUAUAUUUAUGUUUGUUUGUUUUUGUUGGGUUUUGAGGGGGGGUUGGCUACAUUAUCCCAGUUUUUAAGGAAACCAUGUAUAUUAGCACUGUAUUUAAUAAUCAGUCUUAAACAUUUGUCUUAAUAGUAGUGCCUUGUAAUGAGAGCCUUAUUCCUCAAAGAAAUCCAUGCUGUGAAUGAGAGACACUUCUACUGAUUAGUCCUAACAAACUGUGCGUCCAGACUAGAACCAUUCGACCUGCAGGAGAGGGACAUCUACUGUGCACACCUUCCACGUGUGGGUCCUAUCCCAAAUAGGUGAGGCAAACAGAGGGCCAGGAUAGGAGGAACACAGGCUGGGUCAUUCACAAGCAAAGCACUUGAUCAGUGGCCGCUCAAGGGUCAAGGCAGAGUCAACCUCUUUGCUACUAUUGACUUAUUGUUGACUUGUUGAGUGUAGAAAGGUUUGGUAUAAUUCCCUGUUAAGAGUCUCCUAUGCAAGCCUAUCGUGAUCUACAGGACACUGUAUGAUCGGUACACCAUCCUUGGUGGUUCACCACUUUUGAAGGAAUGGUGGAGUUCUCUCCCUUUGCUCUCCAGCAUCAUGUUGCAGCUUAAGAGGAGAUGCCACAUGUUUUGCUGCUGGAGUGCCUAAGCCAUCACUAAUGUUUUGCUUGGGACAUGCCUGGUAAGUGGAGGGCAUCCUCUCCUUCCAUAAGGUCAUGUGCAGAGCAAAGGAGUCUUACUUUCCACGAAAGGAAUACCAUUGGGGAGAUGCAAGAAAUGGGGCUCCAUGGAUCCCACACAAAUAUCCUUCUUUUACCUAGGUGGAAUGAGCCCCAUUUUUUUUCCUUUCAGCACUUUAGAGUGAGGCAUGGAAGAAACAUGCUGAGUCGACCAUUUCCCUCCAUAAUUAGCCCAUGACAAAUUAGUGUCAAGUCAACACAACUUUUGUAGUUUUAAGUAGCAUUUUCCCUCUCUCCUUUGGUAAGUUAUAGUUAAUACCCUGAAUUUGGACAAUUGCAAUCAACAGUGGUACUGAUAAUGUUUCUCUCUCUCGUUUGUUUUUUUAAAUUAGUUACAGUUUUAGAAUAUAUACGUUUCGCUUUUCUAAAUGUAAGUAUAAGGCACUACUAAUGAUAGAAGGCUUUUAAUACUUAUUUACUACAUUUAGCUAUAAACUUACAUAACUAGCCAAUAUCACAACUUUUUUUAAAAAAAAAAAUGCACACCUUUUAUAUUAAUAUUCCAUAAUUGCCAUUAGGCACAUGGCAAGAGAAGUAUUAGAUUUUUUUUAAAAAAAAUAAGAUGCCUUUUAAGGGGCAGUUAAAAUUAUAGUUUUAAACAGGGAAGAAAAAAAGUUUUAGGUCAUAGGUCACGUGUAUAAAGCAAUAUAGCUAAUUUAUAUAGAACUACCAUAAUUACCACACAAGACAUACAUGCACAUGCGCUGUUGGUAAUACUUCUUUCCACCUUAUUGCACACUGAAUUUGCUCUUUAUCAGGUCUGUAUACAUUUCUCACAUUCUCGCUUUAGAAAACAGAAAGGUCACAAUCCCUCCCAUUGCCGUACAAUUCUGCGCACGAGUCACCCUUGGUCCUAGGUGUGCUGGCAGAGGCAGCCCAGGGUCACUUGUAUCCCACCUGGUACCUUCCAGAUGCAUUGGGAAUCUCAGGAGUUGUAAUCCCAACACAUCUGGAAAAUGUCAGGUUGGGAAGGGCUCUCCAGCCUUCUCCCUCCCUCCUCCAGAAGUCCACAUGUCCACAUCCCUUGUGCUAGAGAGCAAGCGCCUGCUGAAGUCCAGGCAGUGAGAAAGGAGGCUUCUGUAGAGUCCAGAAGCAUCCCCAGAGAAGGUUAUCUAUUGUGUCUCAGUCCCUCCACCCACAUGGUCUCUAUUUUAACAGCCAUAUUAUUUGACCUGUAUAUAGUAACUGCAAAAGUCUUUUUUUAAAAAACAAGUUUGAAUUUACAAAUUACACGAUGAUAGGCUUUUACACUCAUACAUUGGGGUGGAGUGAAGUGAAUACAGUUGAGUUUUAUUUAGAAUUUAUAGCCCACCUCAGAUGCCAUGAUAGCUUGAGUAUGGUUAAUUUCUUUAUUCAGGUUUACAUUUUUAUUGCAUCUGUUUGUCCUUUUUAGUUUUUUUUAAGGGGUUAAGAUGGAGUAGCAGUAUCCAAGACAGCUCCAUUGCUUUUGUGAAUCAUCAAGUUUACAUAUGAAUUUCACUGGGGCUUACAGGAUGGAUCAGAAUCAUAGAAGAAACAACCUUGGAUCUGUCUGUGGUUUGGCUGUUUGUUUUUUAAUACAGUUUGGAAUCCUUACAUCUGAAUACCUACCAUAAACUAGUAUGCUGAAUUUGUAAUUCACAAUAAAUGGAGUUUUUCUGCCAGA